AUGAACCAAGAGACAUUGCUGCUUGCAGGCGCGGACGCGGGCGCGCCCCGGGGCCUGGGGCGCCGCCACCUGCAAGUGCUGCUGCUGUUCCUGGCCAUCGCCACGGCCUACGGCAUCAGGAUCAACCUGUCCGUGGCCCUCGUCUCCAUGACCAACCAGGAGCGCAAAGACGGCUACCCGGUGUACCAGUGGGACCAGAAGCAGUUCGGCACGGUGCAGUCGUCCUUCUUCUGGGGCUACACGCUGAUGCAGGUGCCGGGCAGCAUGCUGGUGCAGCGCUUCGGGCCGCGCCGCUUCCUGCUGGCGGCCAUGGCGGGCGCCUCGGUGCUGGCCGUGCUCACGCCCCUGGCCGUGCGCCUGGGCGGCAUGGCGCUGCUCAUCACGACCCGGGUGUGCCAGGGCCUGCUGUCGGGGCUGGUGUUCCCGUCCUCGCACAACAUCCUGGGCCGCUGGGCGCCGCCGAUGGAGCGGCCCCGCUUCACCGCCUUCGUGUACGGCGGCAUGUCGCUGGGCACGGUGGCGGCCAUGGGGGGCGCGGGGCUGCUGUGCGGCUCGCCGCUGGGCUGGCCCUCGGCCUUCUACGUCCCCGGCGCGCUGGGGCUCUCGUGGUGCGUCCUGUGGUACUUGUUCUCCGCGGACACGCCGGCCCAGUGCAAGGGCAUCGCCGCCGAGGAGCUGGCCUACAUCCAGCGCAGCAUCGGCUCGGCCACGACCUCGUCCAAGGCGGUGUCCAAGGUGCCGUGGAAGGCCAUCCUCACCUCGCCGCCCGCGCUCUCGCUGCUCGUGGUGCACUGCGGCCAGAACUUCGGCCACUGGAUGCUGCUCACGGAGAUGCCCAACUUCAUGAAGACCAAGCUGCACUUCAACAUCAAAGAGGACGGGCUGUUCUCCGCGCUGCCCUACGUCAGCCUGUGGGCGGCCACGUUCCUAGUGGGCUGGUCGGCGCAGAAGAUCAACGAGCGCCGCGUGCUGCCGCUGGCCGUGUCCAGGAAGGUCUUCAACUCCGUCGCGCACUGGGGCUCCGGGCUGACGCUGCUGCUGCUGGCGCUGCUGCAGCCGGGCCGCUCCGGCGCCGUGGCCCUGCUCACCGUGGCCAUCACCCUCGAGUCCUGCAUCUUCGCCGGCUUCUACGUCAGCCACAUGGACCUGUCGCCCAACUACGGCGGCGCGCUCAUGGGGCUGUCCAACGGGUGCGGCAGCGUCAUGGGCAUCCUGGCGCCCCUCAUCGUGGGCCUCAUCCUGGAGGAUGAACACAACCCGUCCGAAGAGAAACUCGCCUCCAUGUGGUCGUGGAUCUUCAUCCUGACGGCGUGCAUCUACUUCGCGGGCAACCUGGUGUACGUGCUGCUGUGCCGCGCCACGGUGCAGCCCUGGAACGAGCCGCAGACUCCCGCGGAUGAGAAAGGAACCGGGCUGGUGACGUUGCCGGUGUCUGACCCUGCCGCCGGGGAGGAGUCCAAGUCGGAGGCCUACAGCAAGAGCAGCAAGAGCCAGGCCUGACUGCCUGACUCGCGCCAAGAGCAAGAAGCGCGACUCGAAGCAACGAUCGCUUCACUCAAUCCGCUCCGGGGGGAGCAGCGCGCGACGGCGAGGCACCAGUGCGACUAGUCAGCAAGUGGAGGACGCCGUCAACGCCCCCAUGCCCACCCUGAGUCUUGGCGGCGGAUCCAGAAGUUCCCUGCCAAAGAGCGCCUCUCGGUGCUGGUCUAGGACGACUCCCUUCACCCUCCUUCCCCACCCUGGAUCCGAGCUUGCUGACGUCACUUGGACCGAGGGCCACUUCCACGCGGAGUGUCGAUGGGUAGUUUGUUCACCACUGUACUGAUCUAGUGCAGGCUGUAGACCUGUGUGAACGUCGUCCCGAAUGCGGGCCUUCGCUGUUAUAGUGUGCGGCCAUGUCGGCCUGGACACUCGCACUGUGUAGCUCGAUGACAUCUGUGAUAUUUGUGUGAGUAAACAUCGUAUUAUGUCAUAUU